AAAUUAUUCAAUUAUAUUUCAGCACACGUCAAAACAACAAAAUCAAUAGAUUUUCACAGAAAUUCAUACAAUGCCAAAAAUUAUCUAGUCUUUUUUUGAACGAAAAAAAUUAUCUAGUCCCAGAUUUAUAUAAACAUAUCUUUCCUAACUAAUUUGGCCUGCAAAAACGAAAUCUGUCUAUUAGCUUUCCAAUUUUCAGAUCGAUUCAUAGUAGACUUCUAUUUCAGUCUUUGAAUUCAAAGCAAAAAGAAGUUUCUCUUCUUGCGGCUAAAAUAAUAUUUAUCCAUUUAUUGCAGCCCAUAAAUUUAGUUAUCGAUUCAUCUCCGCUACCGUUUCUUUCUGACUUCAAAUAACUCCCCAAAAUUUGAUAUUUUCUGCUCCCAUCACCACUAGAUCUCCCAAUUCUUCAAAGUCAAUUCUGGAUUUUUUGGCAUAAGAGAUUUCGUAAAGAUUUUGAUGGAAUUCUUGAGGAUUUUACAGCUGAAAAGUGGUCAAUUGUGGUCCAAAAGCCGAUUUCUCGCUUCUUUUUGAAAUUUUCAGACAAUCUCUGGAAAAAGUUUUGAUCUAGAUGUGGUUUUACUUUUGUUGAGCUGGAGGAGCUGUAUAUUUUCGAAUAAAGUUGGUGGUUUUUUUUUUCUUUUUUUUUUUUCAUAUUUGUUUGUUUAGAUUGAUUUUGAAUUAGUUGGGCUCUGAGAAUUUGAGGGGCUGUGCAUAGUUUUGAAGGGUUUAUUUUGAUGGCUGUGGACGAAUUAGUUGAGCUUAAAUUUAGGCUGGCCGAUGGCAGUGAUAUUGGACCUAGCAAAUAUAGUUCUACUACAACUGUGACUUCUCUCAAGGAAAGGAUCAUUUCACAAUGGCCCAAAGAUAAAGAAAAUGGACCUAAAUCCAUAAACGAUAUAAAGCUCAUUAACGCUGGAAAGAUACUAGAAAACAACAGAACACUUGCUGAAUCACGAACUCCUCUAAGUGAAGUUCCGGGAGGCGUCAUCACAAUGCUUGUCGUUGUGCGUCCUCCUCUUCCAGACAAACACAGUGAUAAAUUGCAGGAUGAAUCCCAGAAAAAGGUCGGAUGCUCUUGCUCGAUCCUGUGACGUAUUUGAGAGAGCCAAAACGACGUCGUUUUUUGCAUUGCAGGUUGCUGAACUGCAUUUUACAAGCUGUACAACCCAAAUAGAAAAAAGUGGGAUUCAAAACAAAAUUAAGGAUGAAUAUAUCAUAUAUGUAUGUCACUGGAUUGAACAGUUUAUAGAAGAAGUAAUUUGCUUUUGAAACA